UGAAGUUCUCUACAAGUCCGUGAAGGCAGCCUUGAACACGGAAUGUACGGCUUACUAUUAGGCUCUAUUACAUGUCUGAUCAUCAUCAAAACCCACGAGGAGAAAAUAUCAAUUCAAAAGCCUCGUAGUCCGCCAAACUGGACAUGUAUCCUUUGUUUGCCUCGGAGUGCUGAAGACGAAGAGCGUGAGAGAAUUGGUGCGAGGAAGCCUCGUUCUGUGCAGGACACGAACGAUCUGAAACAUGGCCUGGCCUCAGAUCGAACCCAGCACCUCUCAUCUGACCUACCUCCUUCUCUCUUUCUUCCUGAUUCUGUACGCCUUGUUCUCGGAGCUCAUCCGCAACCGAGCUCACCUUUCUGAACCUCCCCUCGCAACUCUCACGGGCAUCGUCUUUGGUCCCAAAGGAGCCCCAAUCCUCGAUCCGAUCGACAAAUGGGGUUGGGAAGACAAUAUCACUCAAGAGCUCACUAGAAUCAUCACAGGGGUACAAUGCUUCGCGGUGGGCAUCCAACUGCCAGCCGGCUAUGUCAAGCGGCAUUGGAGGAGUGUCGGUCUUCUUCUGGGUCCAAACAUGAUAGCUGGCUGGAUCAUCUCCACGAUUGCCAUACACUUUAUCCUCAAGACUACCUGGAACACAGCGCUCAUCAUUGCAGCUUGCUUGACCCCGACAGAUCCGGUCCUUUCAGCCAGCGUGAUCGCUGAAGCAAAGUUUGCCCAAAGAAUACCUCUCCGAGUCCGCCAUCUACUGGCAGCAGAGUCCGGGUGCAAUGAUGGAACCGCUUUUCCUUUCUUGUAUGCCGCACUGUAUGCUACAUUGGCGAAUUCUGCGGGUAAAGCCGUUCGGGAGUGGUUGACCAAUUUGCUUCUCUGGCAAUGUGUGACCGGCAUCAUGAUUGGGGUGGCUCUCGGGAUUUUGGCAAACAAGGUCCUCCGCUUCAGUGAAUCGCGCGGAUUUAUUCAGGAAUCCACGCUGUUCGUUUUCUACUUCCUCAUGGCCAUUCUCUGCAUUGGGGUGGGUAGCACCCUAGGGCUGGAUGACUUUCUGGUCUGCUUCUGCGCCGGCGCUGCCUUCUGUUGGGACGGAUGGUUUUCAACAAGAACAGCAAGGAUGAAACUACCAGAUAUCCUGGACCUGAUGCUGAAUUCGACAAUGUUCGUCUACUUUGGGUCCAUCAUACCAUGGGGGUUGUACAAACACAACCUCGCCCCCGGACGCAUGAUCCUCUGCGUCCUAGUGAUUCUUCUCCUUCGGCGGCUGCCAGCGAUCCUCAUACUCAAGAGACUGAUCCCCGAUAUCCGAACGUGGCAUGAGGCAUUUUUUGUCGGGCACUUCGGGCCCAUGGGAGUUGGAGCGCUCUUCCUAGCUAUCGAGGCUCGAGCUCGGCUGGAGACCGGCACGUCAGAACCACUUCCUCAUCCCCCGGUGGACGCGCCUCACCAGGACGCCCUCGGCACGGUUUGGCCUGUAAUUUGUUUUGUGGUACUCUGUUCGAUCAUGGUUCAUGGACUCUCACCCUUGUUCAUGAGCUUAGCAAGCUCCUUUUUGCGAGAGCCGAAGGAGAGGGCACCUCUGCUGGGUGGCGAGGAAGAAAGACUGUAUGGGAUGGCAUCCCACGAAAACGAAGUACCUGCGGAUGAGCACAGAAGAGAGGAGAUAGAGGAAAAUGCAAACGAAGAGAUGUGAUGUAGCGAUGUAGAAUACAAAACGGUCAGUCUUGAUGAUGUGGCACAUCUGGCAUGAGCAAGGGAUCGUGCUGUUGACCGUGGGUGUGGUACUCCAUACCUACCUGUAUUCAUAGCCUCUUCAUACAGCUUGGGACGUGCCUCGGCC